UCCGGGCAGAUUAGGCGCAGUUCCCCAGCCGGUGCUGCUGCGGAGCAGAGCGCUAGGCGUCCUCUCUGCGGGGGGCCGAGCGAGGAGCUCCGCGGCGGAGCGGAGCAGCGGGAGCCAGAGCCCGGGGCUGGGACGGUCCUGAGCCCGGGGAGGACCGAGGGCGCGUGCGCAGGCGCCGCCAGAGGAACGGCGCCGCGGCCUCUUCGGAGCGACCGAAAGCUUCUAGCUGUCAUCAACAUGGCUGCCGCCGCUCGCCUCCUGAGUCCCUUGGUGAAAAGCAGCAGGGGCAGCAAUCAUGGGAGAAUCCAUGGCCUGUGGAGGUGUCAGUCUGGUGCUGUAGCAACAGCAGCAACAGCCAAGCCCACACAAAGUACAAAAGCUGAAGUUCAACCAGAGAAGAGGAAGCCUAAAACAGGAGUAUUAAUGCUAAACAUGGGAGGCCCAGAGACAUUGGGAGAAGUUCAUGACUUCCUACUGAGGCUUUUCCUGGACAGAGACCUAAUGUCACUUCCUGUACAAGACAAACUGGCCCGAUUCAUCGCCAAGCGUCGCACACCCAAAAUUCAGGAGCAGUACCGUAAGAUUGGAGGUGGUUCACCAAUCAAAAAGUGGACUACCACGCAAGGAGAAUCCAUGAUAAAGCUUCUGGAUGAGCUUUCUCCACAUACAGCUCCUCACAAAUAUUACAUUGGAUUUCGGUAUGUCCAUCCUUUAACAGAAGAAGCAAUUGAAGAGAUGGAGGAAGAUGGACUUGAAAGGGCUAUUGCUUUCACACAGUAUCCACAAUACAGCUGUUCUACCACAGGCAGUAGCUUAAAUGCUAUUUAUCGAUACUAUAAUAAGGUCGGGAAGAAACCAAAGAUGAAGUGGAGUACUAUUGACAGAUGGCCUACCCAUCCUCUUUUCAUUCAGUGCUUUGUAGACCACAUACAAAAAGAACUGGACCUAUUUCCACCAGAGAAGAGAGGAGAGGUGGUCAUUCUUUUCUCCGCUCACUCACUGCCAAUGUCCGUAGUUAAUCGAGGUGAUCCUUAUCCUCAAGAGGUAGGAGCUACAGUUCAAAGAGUAAUGGAGAAGCUGGGGUACUCCAACCCUUAUAGACUUGUCUGGCAGUCUAAGGUUGGUCCAAUGCCCUGGUUGGGUCCACAGACAGAUGAAACUAUCAAAGGACUUUGUGAAAGGGGCAGAAAGAAUAUCCUUUUAGUUCCAAUAGCAUUUACCAGUGAUCAUAUUGAAACCUUGUAUGAACUAGAUAUCGAGUACGCUCAAAAAUUAGCGAAUGAGUGUGGAGUUGAAAACAUCAGAAGAGCGGAAUCUCUUAAUGGAAAUCCAUUGUUCUCUAAGGCACUGGCUGAUUUGGUUCAUUCACAUAUCAAAUCAAAUGAAAUGUGCUCCAAGCAGUUAACUCUAAGCUGUCCGCUCUGUGUAAAUCCUGUCUGCAGGGAGACAAAAUCCUUCUUCACUAAUCAACAGCUGUGACACAUGGUCUGUGAAGCCAGUUGGAUUAGUCAGGAGAAGAACUUCCUGGGGUGACCCCACAGACACCCCGAAGACAUCUCAUCUGCGGGAAAAAUGUUAGGAAAAGUAAAGGAACGAAAUUACAUUACUAUGUGGACAAAUCCUCUGGUACACUUUGCUUGAUAUUAUGUAGACAGUGAUUUUGAAGAUCCCUCUAGAAGAAAUUCUAUUUUUAUGUACUUAAUAUACUGUGAACAUUUGCAUUUUAUUCUUUUAAGUAUAGUGACAUUCUUCAAGUAUUGCUAGCAUAAUGGCCAGUUGGCUGUUUCAUUUAAACAAUAAACAGGUGGAUUUUAAAGACUUCUUGGAUUCUAGAGGCACAUUUUAAAAUACAGAUUUUACAACAGUACAGAUGCAGCUAUCCCAUAUGGACUGUGGGGAUGAUUGAGACUUGUUUCAUCUGUUUUUCUCUUUGUUUCAUCAAAACCGUGUCUGACUAUGAAAAACCUAACUUGAAAAGAAGGCUACUCGGUGUUCUUUUUUGUGGCCUUGCAGUAGCACCGUGUCGUCAGGAGUGAGCUCUUAUGCCUGUGUCGACCAAGGAUUUGCCAGAAGUUUGCUGGUGAAACUGGUCUUCUUUGCACAUGGCUUUUUGCAGUGAUAAUAGUCGUGCCUCGAUUUCUAAAUCUUCUGAGAUUCUGAUAUCUCCUUGAGUAAAGACUCAGAGUUGCUAGCAACAUAAAAAUAUAUUGUCUACCAUGCAUAACUUUAUGGAAAUUUAUGGUGGCGCAAGGAGUGCUCAUACUGGCCUCUGGAGGUUUAUGUUCUUGAGGAAUGAUGUUGCUGAGAAAUUUUGAUAGUACCUUGAUUUUUAAUUUUUCUCCCAGAAUCCCAGUGAGGUUUUCUAUGCAGAUUCUCUUCUGAGAUGAGUUUCUCCAUUCUGCAUAGGUUUGUUUUGAAAAUUAUUUUUUGAAUGGCAAAUACAUUUUGUCAUCAUGAGCUCGUAGGUAAAAAGUUACCGCCAAAUGCAGCAAUGAUGUCAGAUAAUCAGAUCUCAUAUGUUCUGAUUUAAAUGGAUUAAAAUUCACUGUCAGCCACAUAUAGAAUAGAAUUUGUAAUGAUAACUAUUUUCCUUCAUUCUUCCGAAGUCUAACACUUCAUGUUCUUCAAAAGAGAUUUUCUCUGCUUUAAAAAAAAAGUUUAGACAGUAGGAAUAUUCUUCAGAGGAUUUAUAGAUCUUCUGUAUUCAGGGUUUGCUGUGUUAAUAAGUAUUAUGACAUCAGUGAGGUUUCUUUGGAGGUACAUAGAUGAUAUUGAACCAGUUUAAUUCAUGUUGUCUAAAAUCAGAAUGAUGAAGCGGAAGGAAAUUACCUCAAAGCACAUGAGAAAAAUGCCUCCCACUUUUGUUGCCCUAGUAACAGUCCUCUCCAUAACUUAGAAUCCAUUAGAUGAAGAAAGAAGGAAAAAAAGAAAAGGAGCAUCUGAAUUUCAAUAAUUUGGUAAAAAAAGAAGAGAAAUUGGCUUUUCUACUAGGCGACUGUUUUUGUAGUUUCACUUGAUUUGGAAUAGAAGCACUUGAUUAGGCUCUAGUUGCAGGAUGUCAUUGCAGAAUUGUUUAUCGAUGGCUUAGAACUUCUUUUUGAGCUUUGAUUUGGAGUCUGGUGCUAUGCAGAAUUUCACAUCAUAAAGAAUGAGUAGUAUCCCACUCAUUUUACCCCAAGAAACUAUGGUACAACUCUUUUAGUCUAUGAAUGUGGCCCAGCCCUUGGGUAUUCUUGGAUAGAGAAUUUAAAGAAUGAUGAGAUAGUCCAGGUUGGUGGCCCUUUAGACCCUCAGGAGGAUGCAGCACCACAAUCUUAGAAUCCCUGCAGACAAGACCUUUACAUGCUCUUCAACCCUCCCCCUUUUACCUUGAUCCCCAGUUUAUCCCUGUAACCUAGCCAGCUGAUCAAGGAACGGCAGACAUUCUGGUCUAGACUUCUGGUGCCGAUUUGGAACUAGGCCAGCUUCCAGUAUUAAGGCAUUGAGGUGACAUUUAUUUGGAUCUUUGCCCGUGAUAUUGGGUACUUUUACGUGUUAACCUUGAUUGCUAUUUAAUUACUGCUUGAUAAAUCUAGUGUUUGGUAGGACCAAAUUAUUGAUAGGUCAUUUUUGGACUAUCAGGUAGGCUUUGAGAAGAGUGUUUGCUUAGUUGUCAACUUCAGGAUUACAAAUGUCUGCUCUGGGUAAUUAGCACUAAAACACUGCCAGCUCUCCUCAAACUGAGCUACUGUGUAGUACUGACUUUAAAUUGAUGAAGCAACUUCUUAUAAGGUUUGAAAGAGCUGUGAUUAUUAGGUAAUUUGGCUUGCCAAAAUUAGUGUAAGGUACAGAACCUCCUUAAAUACAGUCCCUUAUUUAAAGAUGAUAUAGUUUCACUGUCACCAUCUACCUGUUUAUUAUUUCUUGUACUGAAAGUAAACUUACUUUAUAAUAUUUGAGAGAAACUCAGCUCUGAAAGCCUUUUAUGCUUUUCACCUUGCCAAAGUGUUUGCUAAAUACAGCUGCCCUUUACCAUACUGUUGGGGUUUAUUAAAAAGUUAAUUAAUAACAUAAAUUUCUUUGAUAAUGUCCAUGUAGUAAACUUUUUCCUCAACCUGUUAUUAGUAUACAGCACUAAAACAAGUUAGAAACUGUAGUAAUUCUCAGAAUUAUGUUGCCCUCUGUCGCUUUUCCACAUGUCUUCCAUACAGUGAUUUUUAAAUGUAUGAUUGUGAUGGUGAAGGUACAAGGAAAGAAUAGAAUGUUUGGCACCAUGUUGCUAAAGCUUUGGCUCAGAGCUGAAACUAUGUGCAUAAAACACUUCAGGAGUCAUAUUCUCCUCUUUAUAGACAUAAGUCAUUGAUAUAUAAUGAAAAGGAGGGGAUAGUAGUUCAUGAAGUUUUCAGUUGACUUCCCAAGUACAGAUUUUCCUUCUCUACUUUUUCUGAACAAAUUUGCUGAUUUUCUAUCAGACAGGCCAUAUAGAACAAAGCCACCAUUUUUGGGGCGGGGGGGGAGUCAAGAGCUAGACCAGUGGUUCUCAAAGUAUGGGCUAGGAACCUAAGGUCAGAACUAUUUUCAUGAUAGUUCUAAAUUUUAAUUUUCAGUAUGGCAAAUAUCAAGAGAUAUAGCCCACCUAAGCAAAAGCUCUUUAGUGGUGAGGGUGCUCAAUAAUUUUUAAGACUGUAAAGUGGUCUUGAGACCAAAAAGUUUGAGAACCACUAGUGUAGACAAAAUGAGGGUCACUCAUAUAUAUGCAUAUAUAUAUAUUAUAUAUAUAUAUAUAUAUAUCUUAUAUACGUGUGUGUGUGUAUAGUUUUACAGAUUGAUGUGUAUCAUUCAAGAAACCAUAAUUGAAUACGUAAGUUAGAUGGUUUAUGCAACUCGCUACAGAUAUAUUCAGACCAGAUAUUUAGGACCUUACACAUUUGGAAUAUGUGAAGAAUUAUUCAACCAAGAGGGUAGUGAGAGCAGAAUGAAUACCAGUAAGUAAGGGCAGAGUGAGACCUUCACCCACCCCAGAGUUCAAAACAACCACAUGGCCCCUCGUAGGCAAGGGAAGCUCCUCUCUGUUCUGCUCCUCCCAAGGGCAGUUGCUUUUUGGCAGAAAGCCAGAUUACUAGGGAUAAGCUGCAGCUGGGGACAGGGAAAAAUUAGGAGCUGUACCUUAAAAUUGAGGACAUCUGGUAGCCUUAACAAUCAAAAUAUCUGUUUGUGUGCACAUGCAUGUUCAUGCCAGGAGAAUCCUCCAAGAGUCUUCAUCCUCAUCCCUUAGUACAUUGUUGGAGGCAUUCAAAGCCAGGAUCAGUUUGGCAUCAUUGUUUCUCUGGUUCUUGUAUUCAACUAAUUUUCCUUUAAAAGUGCUUCCUGAAAAGCUCUGACCCUGAAGAUGCAUGAUGGUGGUUGGGGAAAAUAAUUCAGCUGAUUGUAAGAAAACGAUUUAAGUUUAGUGCUGGAUUCAGAACCCUCGAUGGAAAUUAAUUUUUCAGUUUUCGUCAGAAAGACAUGGACUCAUGAGAACAUCUUGAGCUAUUAAACUAUAGUUUAUUUUCUGUUGUUUAUUCACACAGCAUCUGCAAAUUUAAAAGAUAAUUUUAAACACACUGUCUGCCCUAGGACUGCUUUGAGAACACGACUCUAGAACUUUUCUGUAGUGGCCUUGUAGUGAGAAAACUUUAGAGAUCAUCAGCACUUGACUUUAAAUAUUUAAACUAAGGCCCAUAGAAAUUAAGUGACUUGCCAAGAUCAUAUAAAUAGUGGCAGAACCAGAAUUGGACCCUAGUCCAUCUUUCUUCUACUCUAGUCACUUCCCACUAUUCCAAAAUCCCAGUCUGGGAAAUCCUCUUCCAGUGAGGUUCUGUGUACCUGUUUCAAUUUUAUUUCAUAAAAUAAGUUUAAAUGAACAGAUUUUGCAAUAAACCAGAUUUCUGCAUUAGCCAACGACACGAAUCUUAUUUAACAAUAAAUAAGAUCUAAAACCUAAUUAUUAUUGUAUUGUUAAUGUUGAACUUUAGUGUUCUUUCUUAUUGAGCAUUGCUAGUUAAAUAAAACAAUUGUACCUUUCGUGUUUGUUAGGUUUCUCUUUCUGGCAUAUGCGUAUGUGAGAGCAUAUGUACCAUAACAAUUUUUUCCCUAUUUGAUUGCUUUAAAUGUUGCUUUUCUUAAGAUGUCUUUGAAAAUAUUAUUAUGGUUUUAUCUAGAAUCACUGAUUUCCAUUUCUAUGUAGUGUUGUUGUCUAUAUGAAUUGUAUCAGUUGCCAUUGAGACGGAUGUUGGAAUUAAAAACAUUUUUUGGGAAAAACA